AUGCACCAGAGAAGGUGGAUGGAGUUGCUAAAAGAUUAUGAUUUUGAGCUGAGUUAUCAUCCCAGAAAGGCGAAUGUGUUAGCAGACGCAUUGAGUCAGAAAUCUUUAACAAUUGCUUGGAUGAGAAUCAAGGAAGAAGAGCCAGUGGAUAAGUUUGUGGAUCUUAAGCUGGAUAUUGGUGAAGUUUCCAGAAGAGCUUUUGGUGAUAAGAGGCGUGAAGAAUUCACUAAGGAUGGUGAAGGAUUAUGGAGAUACAAGGGAAAGAUUUGUAUACCGGAUGUCGGAAGUUUGAGACAAUAUUUGUUGUCAAAAGCUCACAACAGUGAGUUUUCUAUUCAUCCUGAAAGUACGAAGAUGUAUUAUGACUUGAAGAAGAUGUUCUGGUGGCCCGAGAUGAAGGGUGAUGUAGCAACAGUGGUAUGCAAGUGCCUGACGUGUCAGAAAGUGAAGAUAGAGAAUCAAAAACCAUCGGAAAUGCUAUAG